CUGUUAGUUGUUUUGACGUCCAAGCUUUCCUAAAACAAAGCUUCUAAGAGGGUCUCAUAGCACAUGUGAUUCUGUAAUAUGUGUAAAAACAAACACAUGGGUGUUGCUUUGCGUUGCAUUUGUUGAUACCAAUAUUGGCAAGGAACAUAUUCCUUUGACACAAUCUAAUGUCACCUCUUAACUUCUGUUUUCUUUCAUUUCCUUCCUUUAUAACUUUGUUGUUACCUUAACAGUUUUUUUUUUUUUAAUGCAUCUUUGAGUAAUAAUGAAAGAAGAUUGUGGUGCUUUUGCAGCGGAUUGUGUUAUCUUCUGUUGCUGCUGCGAGUGCUUUAUACUGCAAGUCUUUAUGUUUGCUUUCUUUAAGGUUCCUUAUAAACUUUCUAAGAAGAUGAAGAGAUUUGUUACAAGGAAGAGGUUUCGAGGAAAGAAGAGAAGAAACGCGGAAAUCGUCCUACCCACAAAGGAGGAUGAUUGCAGAGAGGAGCAUGGGUCGAGAUAUAGUUGCAUGGAAGAUAUUGAGGAGAUGAUGCAGGAACUUUCCAUGCAAGGAGAGUUUGUGUUUGGUAGUUUCUGGAGACAAGGAGACUCUGCAAAUGAUGUGGAUUUCGGAAAUUCACAAUACGAAAUAGCUAAAUACAGCAACAACCAUCAUUCUUUGUCAUUGCUCAUUGCACAAGAUGUCUUAUUGGAUUCAAGAAUCCAAAUAAUGAAGCGUUAAGAGGAGAACCGAAGGGG